UAAUUCUUCUUUAGUUGUUCCAACAGAAUGUUCAAGCUUGGCGCAAACACGUUGUCCGUUCCCAUGAGUUUAUUCGCCGACAAUCGUAAGCGAUUAUGCAACAAAGUACGAACAAUCGAUGUUCCAGAACAUUCCAUUGUUUUACUCCAAGGAGGGCAACAACAACAGCAAGAUUCUACCGAUCGUGACAUCACAUUCAGACAGGAAUCCUUCUUCCAAUGGUGUUUUGGUGUCAGCGAACCAGACUGCUUCGGUGCGAUUGACGUCACAUCCGGCAGAUCCGUUCUCUUCGUACCAAAGCUGCCUGUUGAAUACCGGGUGUGGAUGGGGGAGAUAUUUCCACCAAGUCACUUCCAAGCUAAAUAUCGGGUUGAUGACGUCAUGUUUGUUAAUGACAUGGUUGCCGUUCUACGUUCGAUGGGGGCACGCGUUAUUUUAACACUGGAACGCGGAUUAAUAUCCGAUCGUGAAGGUUUGGGAAUUGCCGGAUCUAUUUGCAGCAGUUUCAAGGUGGACACCGAAUCGUUACAGCCGGUGAUCAGUGAAUGUCGGGUGAUCAAAUCGAAGGAAGAAAUCGACAUUAUUAGAUACGUCAGUCGCGUCAGUAGCGAAGCGCAUAAAGAGAUCAUGCGACGUAUACGGCCGGGGUGGAUGGAAUACCAGGCUGAAAGUCUUUUCCGACACUUGGUCCAAACCCACGGUGGUGGUAGGCACGUAUUCUACGACUGCGUUGCAUCGUCAGGUCCCAGGUGUGCCAUCAUGAACUACGGUAGAGCCACGUAUCCCAAUGAUCAUGUUAUCGAAGAUGGGACGCUAUGUUUGUUCGAUAUGAGCGGGGAAUAUUGUUGUUAUGGUAGUGACAUCACAAACACUUUUCCCGCCAAUGGAAAAUUCACAGAAGACCAGAAGGCGAUCUACAAUAUCGUGUUGGAGGCGAACAUGGCGGUGAAGGCAGUCAUGCGGCCUGGCGUAGGGUUGGUGGACCUCCACUUGAUGGCGGAAAAGAUCGUCUUGAAAGGAUUGGUUAAACUUGGUGUGUUGCAUGGUGACGUAGACGUGAUGUCACAAUCCCGUGUGGGCGGGGUGUUUAUGCCCUUUGGCGUCGGCCAUUUUGUGGGACUGAAUCUUGUCGACGUGGGGGGUUACCCCAAGGGAGGACCACCACGUCGAACCGAGUAUUCACUUAAUCGAUUACAAACCACCCGCCCAAUGAAAGCUGGAAUGGUGAUCACUGUUGAACCAGGUCUUUACUUCCAUAAGCCGUUAAUAGAAGACGCAUUGAAAAAUCCAGAGUUUGCAAAGUUUAUUGACGUCACGCGACUACAACAUUUCAUGAACUUUGGUGGGGUUCGCAUCGAGGACAUCGUCACCGUGAAGUCAGAAGGCAUUGAAGUUUUGUCUCAUUUACCACGUGACGUCGAUGCAAUCGAACAACUCAUGCGUGAAGGGCGGGAAAACGAAGACGUAUCAUUGGCUGGCACCUUGCUACCCAGUGUUACGCAAUAAUAACAACCUUACACCUGACAACACUGGAAAAACUUGCAAUUCGUCUGGCAACACUGCUUUUAAUUCCAUUGAUUUUACUCACUCGAUAAUUGACUGGCAGCACUGCUUC